AUGCAGGUAACCAAUGUUAAUGAUGUUCGUGUGUAUAAUUUAACAUGUGGUCAAAAAGCAGUACCAGAAUGGCUGAAUGAUGAUAAAAGAAAAAAAUUGAAAAAAGAAGCAGAUAUGAAACAACGUAUUGAAUUAAUUCAAGGUUUUGAAAUGCCUAUGUUAAGUAGUUGUAUACAAAUGACACGCGAUGGUCAAUACAUUUUUGUCACUGGUGCUUAUAAACCCCGUGUUCGUUGUUAUGAUGUUAAUGAAUUAUCGUUGAAAUUUGAACGUUGUUUUGAUAAUGAAUGUAUACAAAUGAAAAUUCUUUCAGAAGAUUAUUCAAAAGUUGUAUUUAUGCAUUCUAAUCGUUAUAUUGAAUUUCAUUCUCAAGUUGGAAAUUAUUAUACAAUUCGAACGCCAAAACAAGGACGAGCUUGUGAUUAUCGAUAUUCAUCCUGUGAUCUUUAUUGUGUUGGAGCAACAAAUGAAAUCUAUCGAUUUAAUCUCGAACAAGGUCAAUAUCUAGAACCUUUAUCCAGCAAAUCAACCGGUUUUAAUGCUUGUGAAUUCAAUCCUGAACACGAACUAUUUGCUUGUGGUUCUGUUG